ACUCCGCGACCGAGGAGCGCAUUCGCGCCAUGCUCCAGCGCGAGCAGCACAGCCGCGGAAUGACCACCAUCAUCAUCGCCCACCGCCUCUCCACUGUACGUAACGCCGACGACAUCCUCGUCAUGCGCAGCGGCAGGCUCGUCGACCACGGCACACACGACCAGCUCAUGGAACAGGACCGCCGCGACCACACUUACCGGGACAUGGUCCUGCAGCAGCGCGCCAUGGUCGCCCUCGCCGGCGCCAGCGCCGACGAUGAUAAGCGCGCUGCGGAUACGGCCAUCGACGAUAACGACGGCUUUGAAGGCGAAGAAUUCAUCAUCAGCGAUGGCGCCACAACCAAGGUCGGCGGACACACCGUCUGCCCCGCGAGCACCACUGUCGCGACGCCUUGGGACGAAUUCCAGCGCCAACCGCAGCAGCUCGACCGUCCCGCUGUGCUGAUACACCGCACCAGUCGUGCACCCGAGCACAACUGGCCCGCCUCUGGCCGCACCAUGACCGUCUCGCAGUUCGAGCACACCGCUGAGUCGCCCGCCGCCCAAGCCGACGCAGCCGCCGCCACCGCGGCCCGGGCGCAGGACGCCAUCAGCCCUGGCGACGCAACGGACAGCGGCUUCGCGCCGUCGACUUCGUUAUCGUCGUUGCCCCACACGUCACAGCACGUCCACGCCCUCCUCCCCAACCUCUCGUGGUGUAAGCUUUCCAGCCUGUACGGCCUCUACAUCGGCAUGUACCGCUGGCAUUUCCUCAUCGGCGUCGCCGCCGCCAUCGCCGUCGGCGCGUCCUUCCCGUUCGCCGGCUGGAUGACCGGCGAGACCGUUGGCGCCAUGUCCAUCGAGGGAAAUAACGCUCUGCUACGCUCACAGACCGACAAGUGGGCACUCUUCUUCUUCGUCCUUGCGCUGUGUAACAUCGCGCUCAGCUUCAUGAACACGGUCUUCCUUGAGGUCGCCUCGGAGCGCAUCAUCCGGGCGCUCAAGACAGGCGGCCUCGCCGCUCUGCUUAAGCAGGAGAUCGGCUUCUUCGAUGCGGAAGACCAGGCGUCCGGCAGCCUCACUGCGGCCGUCUCCAGCCAUCCCGCCGCUGUCGGUGCAGCCACCGGCGCAAUCCUGUCGCAGGUCAUCAUCUCCGUCAUCAACCUGAUCGGCUCCAUCGUCCUCGCGUUUGCCGUCAGCUGGAAGGUCGCCGUCGUCUGUCUCCCGCCGAUCCUGCUCCUUUUCCUCAGCGGCUACGUCAACGUUGCCAUGCUCGAAAAGUUCGAGCAGCGCGCGCAGAAGCCCAUGGACCGCGCAGCCAGCUAUGUCAGCGAAAACAUAGACUCGAUCAAGACCGUUGCCGCUCUCGGCCGCGAGGCUGAGACGAUGCGAAUCUUCGACCUGCGCGCCAAGGCCGACAAGAGCCGCAUCCGCUACCUGCUCGUCGGCUCCUUUGGCUUCGCCUUCAGCCAGGCCAUGGUCUUGUGGGUCUCCGCGCUGCUGUUCUUCUGGGGUGGCACGCUCUAUGCGCGCAAGGAGAUUGCUCUCUCGAACCUCUACGCCGCGUUCGAGGCCGUCGUCAUCGGCAGCUUCUCCGCCGGCAGGAUGUUCACGUUCACGCCCGACAUUGCGCGCGCCAGGGCUUCACUCAGCGUCAUAACCAGCUGGAUGACUCGCAAACCUCAUGUUGCAACGCUGACCAAUGCUCCGCCGCCGCUGCAACAGCAACAGGAAGGAAAGGACACCAGUCCGAUGACGGGUGACAUUGUUCUUAACGAUGUCGAGCUGCGCUACCCGACGCGCCCCAAACACCCUGCCCUCAAGUCGCUCACCCUCACGCUCAAGGCGGGCGAGCGCACUGCCUUCUGCGGCACAUCCGGCAGCGGCAAGUCGUCCAUCCUGUCGCUUCUGCAGCGCUUUUACGACCCGUCCCGCGGCACCAUCAGCUUCGGUGGCGUCGAUUCGCGCCAGAUACCAUUGGAUCAGCUGCGCGCGAAGAUGGCCUACGUGUCGCAGGACCCGGUCCUCUUCUCCGGAACCAUCUUCUGGAACUUGGCUAUGGGAGCCGUCGACCCGUCCAAGGUGAUAUUGCAAGAUGUGGAGCAAGCAUGCGAAGCGGCAUGCAUCCUCGACUUUGUCCGUGGCCUGCCGCAUGGCUUUGAGACAGACAUUGGCUUCAAAGGCGCGCAGCUUAGCGGCGGACAGAAGCAGCGCCUGUGCAUUGCCCGUGCGCUUAUGCGCAAGCCCGAGAUUCUCAUUCUGGACGAAGCAUCAUCUGCUCUUGACACGCAAUCGGAGUAUGUUGUGCAACAGGCUCUCGAUCGCGCAUCCGAGGGCCGCACGACGGUGGUGGUGGCACACCGAUUGACCACAAUCCGCAACUCGCACAAAAUCUGUGUAAUCGAAGACGGCAUCUGCGUCGAAAGUGGCACCCAUGACGAGCUCUUGCAGCGCCGUGGACGCUACCUCGAGCUCGUCGAGGCCCAGCUGUGAGCCAAGACACCAAAAUUCUAUAGAACCACUGCUCUUGACAUGUAGUCUUUAAAUGCGAUUCUUGCGCACUGCAAUGCAACAAAUGCAUCAUG